AUGCCAAAUGGUACAAAUUUGUUGAACAAUUAUUUCUUGGCUGCAUUUGGUUUGGGUUAUAAUGGUUUAAAUUUGGGAUACAAUUAUGCAAGUGGAGUUGCAUCUAACGCUAUACCGGUUAUCUCCGGAACAACAACAACUGCAGUUACCGGAACUGGAAUUGGAACUAUCAGUGGCAAUACUGCUACCUAUAGUGGACAGACACUUGUUAAUCACUAUGGUGCAGCGACAGGAAACGGAUACUGUCCUAUGGGUGUAAACAUUAAUGGCCAAUGUUGGGGAUAG